GCUCCAUAUUUGAUCGGAUCUCAUCAUUUGAAGCCGCUUCUCUUUCCUUUCUUCUUCUUUCUCCUUCCCUUACCUGAGCAUGAGGCCAGGUCCAGCACCUUUCCUGCGGUCUCAGUCCGCCAAUCCGAACCGGCCUCGCCGCCGGCCCGACCUAACCCUGCCCCUCCCGCAGCGCGACGCCUUCCUCGCCGUUCCCCUCCCCCUCCCGCCGUCCUCCGCCCCCUCCACCGUCGGAGCCCCCUCCCUCGCCCCUCCAUCUUCCUCCUCCUCCCAGCCGCCUGCCUUCUCCGACCUCGAGCGCCUCCGCCGCAUCGGCAGCGGCAGCGGCGGCACCGUGUGGGUGGUCCGGCACCGCCCUACAGGCCGCGACUACGCCCUCAAGGUCAUCUACGGCAACCACGAUGACGCCGUACGGCGCCAGAUCCUGCGCGAGAUCGAGAUCCUACGCACCGCUGAUAACCCCUUCGUCGUCCGCUGCCUCGCCAUGUACGACCACGGUGGCGAGAUCCAGAUCCUGCUCGAGUUCAUGGACGGUGGAUCCCUCGAUGGCUGCCGCAUCACCUCCGAGCCUUUCCUAGCCGAAGUUGCGCGCCAGGUCCUCGCGGGCCUCGCCUACCUCCACCGGAGGAAGAUCGUCCACCGCGAUAUCAAACCCUCAAAUCUCCUCAUCGACUCCGGCCGCCGUGUCAAGAUCGCCGACUUCGGCGUCAGCCGCAUCCUGGCGCAGACCAUGGACCCCUGCAACUCCUCCGUCGGCACCAUCGCCUAUAUGAGCCCCGAGCGGAUCAACACCGAUCUCAACCACGGCGUCUACGACGGCUACGCCGGCGACAUCUGGAGCUUCGGCCUCAGCAUCCUCGAGUUCUACCUCGGACGAUUCCCCUUCGGCGAGAACCUCGGCCGGCAGGGGGACUGGGCCUCUCUCAUGUGCGCCAUCUGCUAUGCUGAUCCUCCGGAGGCGCCGCCCACCGCCUCGCGCGACUUCCGAGACUUCAUCUCCCGCUGCCUCCAGAAGGAUCCGGCGCGACGGCUCACGGCGGCACAGCUCCUCCAGCACUCUUUCAUCACAAACAACCAGCCGUCUGCCUCCUCUGUAUCAUCCGCGCAUCCAUGACCCAAUCUGGAACACCUGCAACACCACAAACGGAGAUCUCUGUCGGCGGGCAAGGACAAAAAAGGUGUCAUUUUCUCCCGACCUUCCUCGCUACCUGUUCGACCGCUGGAAGAGGGCUCGAUCGAUUUGCUCGGAUCAUGGAAAGGUGUGGUUUUCAAUUUCUAUCCUGUCAAUUUUCGCAUUUAAUCCAGCAUUUUGUCAUCUUUUUCUUGAUCUCAAGUUCAUAAGAAAUGGAUUCUACCAAAAAUUUCACGUCUCCGUUUCCAUCUAUGUAUCACAUCGGAUGCCUGCUUGCUUAUUUU